CUUUUCGUUACUGUUUUGGCGUGUUCGAAUUCCCUAAGUAAUCCCCACCAAAUUUGAGAUGUCAACGUCAAGUUUUCAACUUUCUGGAACUGUCAAAUUAAAUUGUUAAUAAUUAUUGUUUUGUAAAAAUAUUUUUUUAGUUAAUAUCACUAUGGGUGACCAGUUUGAUUGCGCCCUAGACCUCAUGAGGAGGUUGCCUCCUCAGCAAAUAGAAAAGAAUUUAAGUGACCUAAUAGAUUUAGUUCCAAGUUUAUGUGAAGAUUUACUGUCAUCUGUAGAUCAGCCUUUAAAAAUUGCUAAAGAUAAGGAAACUGGCAAAGAUUAUUUACUUUGUGAUUACAACAGGGAUGGUGACUCAUACAGGUCGCCAUGGUCGAACACAUACUAUCCACCCUUGGAUGAUGGUCAAAUGCCAUCAGAAAGAUUAAGGAAAUUAGAAUUGGACGCUAAUCAUGCUUUUGACCAGUAUAGAGAAAUGUAUUUUGAGGGGGGUGUCAGCUCAGUUUAUUUUUGGGAUUUAGAUCAUGGAUUUGCAGGUGUUAUUCUUAUUAAAAAAAUGGGGGAUGGUAGUAAGAAAAUUAAAGGAUGCUGGGACUCUCUGCAUGUUGUAGAGGUUCAGGAAAAAAGCACGGGCCGCACUUCACAUUAUAAAAUGACUUCCACUGCUAUGUUAUGGCUUCAGACCAAUAAACCAGGUUCAGGCACUAUGAACUUGGGUGGCAGUCUCACAAGACAAAUAGAGCAAGAUGCGGCAGUUAAUGAAAAUAACCCUCAUAUUGUCAACAUAGGUCGAAUGGUGGAGGAUAUGGAAAAUAAAAUUCGAAAUACCUUAAAUGAGAUCUACUUUAGUAAAACUAAGGACAUUGUAAAUAGUUUAAGAUCAGUGCAACCAUUGACUGAGAGCAGACAGCAGCAGGCCUUAAAGCAGGAUUUGGCCGCCGCUUUACAAAGGAGGCACAAUAAAACGGACAACUGAUGCUACCAGAUUUACCACAUAAAUUACGAGGAAGGUUGAUAAGAGAUCCAUAGAUAUAUUUCCUUUGAAGUUUAGAAUAUAAGUGACAUUGUUCUUCUUUGGCCUAAGACAAGGUUAAACAAGGUGGCUCAACGAUUUUUUAAAUGGGAUUUAAAUAAAUUUUGUUUUGUGCAAAGAAAACAAUUUAUAGGCUAAUUGCUUCAGAAAUGUAGAUAUGCACAUAUGGUUCAAAGAAAAUUAUCAUUAAGCUUUGCUGUAAGCCUUUUAUCAUUUUCAUAAAUAAAUAUUUAGAGAUGUGUGUAUUAGAAUUAUUACAUCUUCAAUUAUCAAAAAUUGUCACUUAUAUUUUAAAAUGGUACCAGGUAUACUACAUUUUGAGAAUGUGUUGCUCCUUAAGAUUUUAUUUAUUUUCAUCAUAAUGCAUCUCAAAUUGUGCUAUAUGGACAUAUCGAGGAAAUUAUUUUAUUAAUAUUGGAGACGUGUAGGAAGAUGUAAUUCAUAAAAGAAAAUGAAUGCCAAAUUUUUGGUGGGGUAAAAACCUCUAAAACACUAAGGUUGCAAGGGUUAUUCCUCCGCUAGACCAGAGAUGUAUUUUGUUUCUCAAGUUUAAUAAAUUAUUUUUUAUAUAGCUCUAUAAAAAUGCAAUAUUGGAUAACCAAAAUUUACUAAUAAAAUAAUUUGUACACAUUCAGUUUUAUUUUUAUCCAUAUGGCAAGUAAUUUUUCUAUGUAAUAUAAUAGUUACACAGCAAACAUUCAUUUAGGAGGAAAUUUUUUUGAAAAAUUUAUAAUAUGAUGGAGUAUCUCAGGCAAUGAACCAUACAUUAUACAAUUUAUUUUUGACUGCAUUUUAUGGUUACUACCAAAAUGUCACUAAUAUAAAACUAGUUUACUAAUUUUCCCAAAAAAAAGAUUAUUCCAUACUAAAUUGUAGAUAGAUUCCAUCGUUUUUGGCACCCACUUUAGAUUGUGAUGUAAAAAAGAAACCGAAAUUAAAACCUAAUAAAGGUAAUGAAAAAUGUUAUUGCUCCCCAGGUUAAACCUCUUAUGUAACAAAGUUAUGACUAUUACAAUUUAUAGCUUGCAAUAUACAGCGUGUCUCAUUUUUGAUGGGCAUGAAUGUCAUAGCUGUCAUGGAUUUUUAGAUACAGGCUGCUUUUGCUAUUUUUGAGUUUUUAGACACUUGUUGUAAAGGUGUGUUUGUUCUGUAGGAUCCAGUGGAGUACUCAGUUUUCUUUUGAAAAUCAAAAAUGUUGAUACCUACACUAAACUUGCGUUUAAUUUAAUGAUUUUAUUAGGCUUGUUAUUAGCUUUUCAAAAAUAUAUAAUACAAGAGCUAUUUUAAAUAUAUAUUUUUUAUAAGUCGACCAUGGAAAUUACAAGUUCUUCUUAUGUUCAUUACAUAACAAAAGUUUGUUACCUGCCGAUUAUAUCUAAUUUUUCAUAAUUUUCAUAUCUUGAGUUAACUUGACACAUAGCAGGAGAAAGCUAAAAUGUGUUAGCGAAAUGGACAGGUUUUUUCUUUCAAUAAAAAAAUGUAAUAAAAGUAAUACCCCCUUUGUGUUAGCUCAUAAUAAACUUAAUCAAAUUAUAAAAAUAUACUCAGGAUGUUCCAUUUAAAAGAAAAACUAUUGGAAAUUUUAGAAGAAAGCUGACUACGACAAUGGAUCCUACAUUAAAAAGUAUAUCCAGAUCAGUUUCCACCACUUUAUAUAUUGCAACAUGACUGAACUACAAAGGGUAGGUAAAAAUGCAACAUAUUCAAAGUCACCCUGUAUAUAAAAAUUGAAGUGUUUGUGUCACCUUUCGUUUUGGUAAAAGCAGCCUUGUGUCACGAAAGGUUUAUUAAUAAGGUACACCCUGUACUAAUACCAAUGCAAGCAUUUUCCCACUUAUUGGGUUCUUUUAAAACCUCAGAGCAACUUUAUCCCACUUGAGGUAAAUCAAAACUUGGAUAAUUUUGGUUGGCCAAAAGUUUUUUUUGUUGGGGAAUUACAUAAUGAUAAUAUUUUGUUAACAAUUGUCUACCAAUUACCUCUUCCUUGUGUAUUUGUGUGCCAAAAUUGAAAAAAAAAUCUAUGUUGAAAUUUACGCGCAGAGUCCAAUUUUCCAUUGCUUCGCUCCAUCCUCAGAAACCAAAUAUCCGGGUGAACAUCGAUGUUUGAUAUUGUUCCUGUCGGUUUUUUUUUUGUAUAUGCCUUAAUUCACUGCUCUCGAGAGUUA